AUGCUUCUCGGGUGCUUUAUCGUGAGCCGCGUCGACCGCACCGAUGGUUCUAUCGACGAGCCGCCUGCCACCGCUACGAAAACCAAGGAACUGCUCGCCGAGCCGCCUCGCAUGCCAGCCGAGCGGCGCAGGUCCAGCUUCCAAGCGGCCUCGCUGGGACAGUCCUGCUCCAUCCAGUUGGCCCAGUCCAUCAUGUCGCUCGAUAAAAAGGACCGUUCGGCGCGAACUAAGCUGCGGCGCAACGUGCGCACCAUGUUCACGCUGCCCUUCGUGCACAUCGGCUUGUCGCGUGCGGCUGCCCUGUUCGCGCUCACCACCAUCCUCAUCACCGUGGUGGACUUCGGCGAGGAUAACGGCCUCUCGGGCUACGACGCCGUGUCCCUGCUCACGGCGUACGCCAUCGGAGACCUGUGCUCGCGCCUCAUCACGGCGUUGGUGCUCGACACGCGCUUCCUGAGCAGCAGCGCCACGCUUCUCAGCAUGUUCGUGCUGCAGGCGGUCGUCAUGGCCGUCAUGAGUUUCGAGAGUAACUACUGGGUGCUGCUGGUGUGCUGCUUUGUCACGGGCCUCUCGAGUGGCGGCCGCUUCUUCACCUGCACCGUCAUGGUGGCAGAAGAGUUCGACGAGGACGCCAUCUCCCUUAACCUGGGCGUCAUGAACUUCGUGUCCGGCAUCGCAGGCUUCAUCAGACCACCCAUCAUCGGUUACUGCCGUGACGUGCUGGGGUCGUACACACCGCUCUAUCUGCUGCUGGCCAUCAUCAACGCAUUCUUCACCGUCACCUGGAGCCUGAAGCUCGUUCUCUCUCUCCGCAAGAAGAAGAUACCAUCACUCAGGGUAGCUCUGCAAGAGCUGCCAGAUGCACGAGGACGAAUUGGGAGCAUCGUAUCAUUUUGAAACGCACCUUUUUUUUUCAUUUAGUUGCAUAUUACGGAUCGUUUUUCAGUAUGGUUGCAAAGGCUGCCUCAAGGAAUUGAGGACCUUCGCUGAAGACAAAGGGAAGAGUCAUACAAAAAGAAGGGUAAAUUAAUUGCAGUUCGUUCAUGCGAACAAAGACUGAAAUAUUUCGAGCGGUAAGGUGCGUGAAACAACUAAGAUCAAGAUAGCGCUCGAAGUCAGGCGGCAGUCUCCUCGCAAGACUGCGAGACGCUGGACCUCAAGUGUCACGGCAGAGACUUCGUUUCAGCGAGGACUGCAUGACCGCCAGGGCAAAAGUUGAUGACGAGGAGAACAAAAAAAAAAAAACGAGUAAAGGGGCCAUGACACGGUCACCCACCGAACUGCGGUUUUCAGCGAAAAAUAGAAGCAGAGGGUCUAUUCCUGUACAUAUAUGAAAAAUGGACUGUAAAAUAAUAUUUCGUUGCAAAAUGAGCCCUAGAAGUCGCCGCGGCUAUAAACCUCACCCACUGCCGGCGACCGCCAUUUUGCCAUGGCGUGUGUGAUGUCAUGUGCUUCAUGGAGUGAAGCCGUCGUCUUCUGUAUAUCUAAGUUUCAGCCGCUGCAAAUCGUUAAAUUUUUAAUGCCAAGUUGAAGAAAGCCGAAUAGCUCCAUUGUAUACGCGCAGCUGACCACGAAACGAAACCGUUGGCCGGAAUACAGACGCUCGCAAAGCAAGCGGCUUGUUACGUCACGCCUCGCGAGUGCGCGAGUGUGAUCAGACUCUCGGGCCACUCGCGUGUUUAUAAAAAUAUUCAUUAUAAAUUAGGUGCUCAACCAAAUGCGCUGAAAUUUCGCCAGUUUGUUUGUGAACACCGAAGGAUUAACCAACAUAACACAGAUUAUGAGGGAAAAUUGUGUGUCAUGGUCCCUUUAAUGAAAUGCAUAAAAAGGCAUCAAACAAAAAGGCGUUGUGUAAGUUUCUUCCCGUGCUUGAACUUCCUCAUCCUACAUAACUGGAUACGGUACGUGACACUCAUAACAAAGCAAACCAAUGUUUACAUCGUCGUGUCUAGAAAAUAUUCUGGCGAAAGCCUUAUAUGUCUGAUGUCAGGGGCCUCAAACACAUAGCCCGCUGCUUCACAUGGAAUAAAGUUUUGUGAUUUGG